CCUUAACCCCUAGCUGCGUGAUUGAUUUUGUCGUACAAGUAUUCAACACGUCGUAAUCAAUCUGUUUCCUAUUGAAAUGGCUCGUCCUGAGCUACAACUAGAGGGUCAGAAAGACUUUAUUAUACAGCGCUACCAGUCCGGCGUACCUCUUCCGACAAUUCAAGAAGUACUCCAGGCUACAUAUUCAAUCCAGACCUCGGUAUUUACACUUCGACGCCGCCUUAAGCAAUGGGGAAUCCAUCCAAAACAGCAGAGAACGAUCAUAACCGACGCGCUUCGAAUAGCUAUUGAGAAAUACUUCUUUACUAUUGGUCUUUCCGAUGAUGAGCUCCUACGUCAACUACAGGCGGAUGGCUUUACCGUCACAGCGCACGGUGUAGUCAGAAUUAGAAAGGAACUCGAUAUAUAUCGCCGCUUUACCCCCGAACAGAUCCAAAGAAAGCAGGAACAGCUUCAAUCGUUCCUGAUACAGGAGCAAACAACGUCAAACUUGGUCCGGCGUAUGGGAAGAGAAAUGCUUUCAACGCAUCUCCGACAGAACCGAAUCAACCUUCCUCGCGAUACUAUCUCCCAGACCAUUUCGCAAUUCUACCCCGACGAAGUUGAAGGACGACGAAAGCGGCUCCAUCGAAGGAGAGGCGGUUGGACAAGCCCUGGAUCGAAUUAUAUCUGGUCGAUUGAUGCCUAUCUAAAGCUGCAGCCGUAUGGAUUUGAGAUAUAUGCAGCAAUUGAUGCUUAUUCUCGCUAUAUCCCAUGGUUCUUCUGCGGAAUCUCUGCGACUACGGGCCGGUCUGUUCUGGUCCAAUACCUACGGAUUAUCCAGCAAUGGGGCUUUAUUCCUCGUCGAUUCCGGUCGGAUCGUGGCGGAGAAACAACCCUUAUUGCUGGUGCUCACUUCCUCCUUCAUCAAGCUGUUCAGCCGUAUUACAGUCCUCAGACAAGCCAGGUCAAUAGUGUCAAGCCCGAAUCGAACUCAUUCCCUGGACAAACAAACCUUCCACUUACAGCCCAAACAGAAGGGACACCAAUUCAGUUCCGACAUACCUGGAUCUAUGGGAAAAGCACGCAAAAUGUUAAGAUUGAGAGUUGGUGGGGCCGCCUCUGUGAAGGGCGGUCAAUCUUCUGGCGGGAGUACUUUGGUUUCCUUGCUGCAGAGGGCCUUUUUGAUGCAGAAUCACUCGCAGAUCGAGUUGCUUUACUCUAUAUCUACAUGCCAAUCAUCAGGUCCGAGUUUGUUCAGUUUGUACAGACCUGGAAUGCUCAUCGGAUACGAAAACAGCCAACCCGUACCCAUGUUAUUCCAGGAAGGCCGUGGAGUCUCUUUUUCCAUCCGGAACAAACGGGUGCCCAGGACUUUCGGCUGCCACUUGACCUAGAUCUCCAUCAAAAGCUUUCGAUGCUAGCAGAUCUGGAUGGCUUUGACCCAGACCAGUAUCUUCCUAGUACAACAAUGGCGGUGUGCCAGGAAGUACUUGGUCGAAUUGGCGGGCUUCCAAGCCAGAUUCCACCAGAACUAGUGAACCAGCCCUUUAUCCGUCAGUAUCAGUACCUUCAGGAGGAGCUACAGGUUUGGAUCAGAACAAACCGUUCUCCAGCGAUUUCUCUCCUCCCCCAGCCAAUAGGGAAUCUCGACUACUUACAAGACUUAAUGCAGCGCCACCAUAUUAGUCUACAAGAUACUUGGAUCGAUAUGGAACAGGCCGGUUUAGACUUGAUUAAAGAAGAAGAUAUUGACUUUGAGAGUGAAUAGAAACAUCGCUAAUUUCCCGACUGAUCUGACUCAGAAAUAGCCGUUGCGGACCUCUUCCUACCCUUCCCUACGCGGCUACGUAAGGUCAGGGGCGGACCAAGGUGUGCCCACUUCCCUUCAACUUGCUUAGCUUGAGGCUCUAUAUCCUGAAGGUGUUUGUCUUCCUCUUGUUCUGUGUCAUAUUUUGGUAGCAUUUCGCUACUUUCAAGCUGUUGGCCUUCAGGCCGACUUGAUUCCUGCUUGACCUCUACCUUUUCGUCCUCCUCUGCCUUGACUUGGGCUAAGUCCUCGCCUAUCCAAGGGACUUCAUCAAGUUUCAGAAUGUCGUAGUCUGA